UCAGACAAGUCAAACGAGCACUGGAUGUUAAUCUACACAGAUUUCUCUACUGAAAACUGUUUAUUUGGAUUGGGGCUGGAUGGCGUGAGCUGAGGAGGGAAGAGGAGUGCAGUAUUGAUCAGAGGAGCAGCUCAGUGCCGGCCGCGCCGCUUCACGCAUGAGCUCACUAUGUCGCCCAAAAAAGCCAAGAAGAAGGAGUCAGGAGCCAGCUCCAACGUGUUCACCAUGUUCGAGCAGUCUCAGAUCCAGGAGUUCAAGGAGGCGUUCACCAUCAUGGACCAGAACAGAGACGGCUUCAUCGACAAGAACGACCUGAGAGACACGUUCGCCGCUGUGGGCCGCCUGAACGUAGGGAACGAUGAGCUGGAUGACAUGCUGAAAGAAGCGCCUGGCGCCAUCAACUUCACAGUGUUCCUCAGCAUGUUCGGGGAGAAGCUUAAAGGCACGGACCCAGAGGAGACCAUUCUGAACGCCUUCAAGAUGUUUGACCCAGAGGGAACAGGCUUCCUCAAGGGAGAUGAGAUCAAAUAUUACCUGAUGUCUCAAGCGGACAAGUUUUCUGAAGCUGAGGUGAACCAGAUGUUCACUAACUUCCCUCUGGACGUCUCUGGAAACCUGGACUAUAAGAACCUGUGCUACGUCAUCACACACGGAGAGGACAAGGAGCAGGAGUGAGGAGUCGAGGAGAAACCUUCCACCUGUCUGUAAAUAGUUUCCUUCAUCAGUCUGAACACCAUCGUCCAUCAUCAUAGAACUCUGAAGAUGAAUAAAGUCAUUUUUGGAGAGUAAA